AUGAAGUUUCUCAGCUCUGCUACAACCGCAGCGAUGGCCGGUCUCUUACUUCUGGUAUCUGCCGCGAACGGAGAAGGAUUUUACGAGUGUUAUAAUAAAGAAAAAUUUUACCUUUCAGAAGUAAUCGUAAAAGCAGUAUAUGCUACUGUUGGGAAAUCAGGAACCAUAGAACCUCAUGUUCCUUUGAGUGCGACUCGUAUUUCACAUGAAUUCGAAGUUAAGAAAGAAGGAAAAGAUAAAGAAUGGUAUUUAGUUCAAUAUUGCGAGUUAUCUAAAAAAUACUACUUGUUUAGAUUGGGUGGCUCAGACUGGGAACCAUGUCAAUACCACGAAGAGUAA